AUGCAUCACGGCUUCCUAUCCCGCAAGGGUUUCUCCCUUGAUGUAAUCCUCAGGCUGCUUCGCAGAAGCGCCCUCAACCCCUCGCUACUCUUCCCGCUUGUCCUCCUGGCCCGAUACUCCAAGAAGGGCCAGGACUGGUCCAUUUUGCAUCCCAAGGCGGCAAAGCGCUUGAGCGUCUUGUUUUGCUUGGCCGUCUUGCGCCGCCUGAGCGCUUGGCACUCUGAUAAGACGUGUAACAACUGGGUUGACGACAAGUAUGUCUGGUCCAGAGAGGUUGUGCUCGUCACAGGUGGAGCUGAUGGCAUUGGAGCCACCAUGGUACGACGUUUUGCCGACAAGGGAAUUACAGUCGUGGUAUUGGAUAUCCAGCCCAUGACUUUCAAGACCUCUUCGAGGGUUCAUUACUAUCAAUGCGAUGUCAGAUCUCCCGAAUCCGUCAAUGCCGUGGCCGACAGAGUCCGAGCCGACGUCGGCCACCCGACCGUCCUGAUCCACAACGCUGGGGUCGUCAGGGGCAAGACCAUUCUGGAGGCCGAACCUUUUGAUAUCCGGUACACCUUCGAUGUGAAUUCCUUGGCCCACUACUGGAUCACCAAGGCGUUCCUGCCCAAUAUGAUUGCUCGAAACCACGGAAUGGUUGUCACUGUGUCGUCCGUUGCUGCAUGGGCAGCGCUUCCGGGUAUGGUCGACUACAGUGCGUCCAAAGCUGCUGCGCUGGCUUUCCACGAGGGUCUUACAGAUGAGCUCAAGUUCCGUUACAACGCCCGCAAGGUGCGAACCGUAUGCGUACAUCCUGCACAUACUCGGACUGCCCUGUUCUCAGGCUUCAAGCAAGUCAACUCGUUCAUGAUGCCAGUACUGCAGCCCGACACUGUGGGCGAAGCUGUGGUGAAAAAGGUUCUUAGCGGACGCAGCGGAACCGUUGUUCUACCCGAGGCCGCCUCGGUGUUGCCAUGGCUUCGAGCACUGCCGGAUGGGCUCGGCAUUCAAGCGAGAUCCGGGGGACAAGGGUCGAUGGAGAAGUGGUCAGGCAGGCAGGUCGUGUCGGACGUGGGUGCGCUAUACCAAGGCAAGGACAGCCAAGAGGGCCAAACGAGUGGAAGCACCGUCCUGGUGUCAGAAGAGGUGAAAGACUGA